AUGAUCCGAUGCCCAUUUCGGCUCAAUCGUUAUUUGACCACCGCCCCCAAACCACACCUCCAUUUGCAUCUUCUGACUCCGCUGCCACCAUCGAGACCGUCGUUCAAAACCAGGUACAUCGUCAACAACUUUUUCCAUGCCGUUGCAACGAAAAAUAUCACCGAUGCUCGCACCUACUUGCGACACCUUAAACUUAAAACCACAUCGCAGAAGUCGCUUCCCGUAUACAUUGCUUGUCUCGAUCUCUUCGCCACAUACUUGCAGCAGGCGGGACCACGACUAAACCUUCAAGAUAUCAAAUAUAUUGCCGAUGAAAUUUCGAGUUCAAAUGUUGCAAAGAGUGAGAAAAAUGACAAUACAAACACAAUUGCUUCCAAGUUGGUCAAUUGCCUCGAGCAAUUACGCCAGCUGCCCCGAACCUCGCCGGCACUCGUUUCUGCCAUAGAUGAAUUUGCGGCUUCCAUAAAUGAAAAGUUCCAAAUUUCACCAUUACCUGCGACCGAGACGGCACUGGUCAAAGGUGCCGUAAUGAACUUUAAGGACUUGUGUGACUAUAUAUCGUCUACAAGGUUUCUGAAAUAUGGAACCGAGGAACCUAUGUAUCAAAUUUACCAGGAACUUUCACCGGCAGAAAAGGAACAAUUCAUGUCCGAGUAUUUGGCCCAUAAUACACAGCGACAACUCUAUGUGGAAGCACACUGCACCUCGUUGGUAAAACGAGCGGUUCUGAAACGAAAUCCCCAUUCACUUUUGAUUGAUAUGUGGACAAAGGAGUUGGAGAACGCAAUAGCUCACUCUAGUGACGAAGUGUUACACACAUAUUCCGGUAUACUUGAACUAAUUCCUAAACCUACAAUAUGCACUGUUGUUGUCAACACCAUCCACUCGCUCUGUGUUCGAGCAGAUAAAGGGUACGCUAAGCUGUUUCGAGUGGUGGAGAAAAUCGUGAACUCUUUUAAUCAUCUUGUAAUUUCCCAGCCAGAGUUUGCUAAUUUUCGCAAACAUUUUUUCACUGUUUUCACAAAAGAAGAUGGUAUAAGGCUCUUCUCCCAUUUGGUCAAGUUGGCCAUUGAAAAUUGUACUAUUCCACCACAACUAGUGUACAAAUCGUUUCCUAAAAACACCCAUUAUCUCUUGGACUCCAAGGGUGCAUUCUCCAAGAAUCAAGCAUUUAUUCUUCUGAUGAUCAAGUCGCCGGAUUCAACCUCAUAUCGCCAAGUUGGCACCAUAGUUCCACAUCCGUUUCUUGUGUAUGAUUUUAAAGGCAGACAAGAAAUGCCGGAAACAACAUCCAUUUUGCUUCCCAUGUUAGUUCCCGCUCGUAACUGGACUUCUCCAGACGAAGGUGGGUACCUUGGAGAUUUGCAGCCAAUUUUGCACUCUGAUUUUACUGAAAAAUCCUUGCAAUAUCUUCGCCUAGCAAACCGUACCAGUCAGCUACAGUCCACUUUCAAGGGCCUUGACUAUCUUGGCUCCCAGGCUUGGGCGGUCAACUUGUCUAUGCUAGAGGUAUUUUCAAGUGCAAUGCAACGCAGCGAUGGAAUGUUGAAUAUAGUACCACCAGUAUCAUCCAUGGAAGUUAAUAUUCCUCCAAACCCAUCACGGAAAGAUUUUGGUUCGGAAACGGAAUAUUAUAUUGCAUUGAAAAACGUCAAGAAAGAACGAGAAAAAAGGUUGCAGGAAUUCCACAACUUGAAAGGUCUUCGUGUGGAGUUGGAAACGCUACUCAAGGCAGCUCGAGCAUUUGGUGCUAAUGGAGAUAUGGUGUAUCUUCCUCACCAACUUGAUUUCCGUAGCCGGGCAUACCCUAUGGUAUCUGUCCUCUCUCAUUAUCAAAGUGAUCUCGUGAGAUCUUUACUAACAUUUUGGCAUUCUAAGCCCUUGGGACCUGAUGGAGAUAAAUGGCUCCGUUACCAAUUAGCAGCACAUUAUGGCAUGGACAAGUUGAGCCUUGAUGGCAGGUUAAAGUUUGUUGCUGAUAACAUGGAAACUAUUUUGAAAUGUGCACAAAAUCCGUUUGGUGAAGUUUGGUGGCAGAAAGCUGAAAAGCCCUGGCAAACCCUAGCAAUGUGUUUUGAAUUUGCAAAGCUUCAAAAGUAUAUCGCCGAAGGAAAAAGUGUCCACGACUAUCCUUGUCGACUUCCAAUUUCUUUGGAUGGUUCGUGUAAUGGUCUUCAGCACUAUGCUGCACUUGGAGCGGAUAAAUUGGGGGCCCAAUCUGUGAAUGUAAUGCCGAGUGAAAAAGAUAAUGGUGUACGUCAGGAUGUGUACUCUGCGGUGUUGGAGAUAGUAACUCAAAAGGUACUCAAGAGUGAAGCUGACGAACCCAAUAUUACAUCUUCAUUGGCCAAACAUCUACUCUCCAGAAAACUCAUAAAACAAACCGUAAUGACCAGUGUUUAUGGAGUAACGGCAUUUGGAGCAGCAGCACAGAUAAGAAACAGGAUCAGUGAUGUCAUAGACCUGGCCGAUAAGCUAGAACCUAAAAUUCGAGAAGAGGUCAAAACUCACCAAAAUAAAAUCGCCCUCUAUCUUUCAAAAAUGGUGUUGGAUUCCAUCUCCGAGCUCUUCAGUGGUGCCAGAAGGCUACAGGACUGGUUACUUCUCAACUGCUAUAGGAUCAUUUCGUCGUGGGAUGAAGCAACUUUGGUUUCGUUGGAGUCGGAAAAUAUCGAGGUGGACUUUUUCCUCAACAAGUUUUACCGGCCCAUGAUGUGGACUUCAGUUAGUGGCUUUCCUGUUGUACAAAUCUACCUCAAGCCUCAACGACAGAUCUUGGAAACAUCAUUGCAAAGGUUCUCUCUUCAGAAAUGGACAAAACCUUCGCCGGUGGAUAUCCAGCGUCAAUUGAACGGAGUUGCACCCAACUUUAUCCACUCGCUUGACUCUGUACAUAUGUUCAUGACUUGUUUGGCAGCGAAGGCGGAAGAUAUAGCGUUUGUGGCUGUUCAUGAUUCUUUUUGGACCCAUUCGAGAGACAUUGAACGGUUAUCGACGAUAAUCAGGGAAGAGUUUGCCAGACUCUAUUCUGCUCCCAUUGUCGAGUCGUUGUUGGAGGAUAUGCAAAAUACCGUUCGGAACUCAUACCAGCUAGUCUGGCUUGAAAAUGAAUCCAAUGCGUCUUUAGUUCGGGAAUUGGUUGUGCUUCGGGGACUCAAAAAUAGACACACCAGUAGCGGCACCAAUAGGGCUCUCAGACGAGAAUUAGCCGACAAUUCUCAGGUGGAAGAAUUGCUCCAAAAGUACAAACCGAAAUUGUACCACCAAAUGGCUGGCAAACUUAUGCAAUAUGACGAUCCCACCAAGGUGAAAAAUGGCUCCAUAGGUAUUAAAACCUGGACUCCGGUUUUCACAAGAGUAAGGCUUCUUGAGGCUCCACAGAGGGGAGAUUUGCAGAUCGAAGAUGUGAUAAAGAGCAAGUACUUCUUCAGUUAG